CCAGUUAAAAACAAGAAAAAGGGAAAGAAGGCAGGACCUCCUGGGCCCAAUGGCCCUCCGGGACCUCCAGGACCCCCAGGACCCCAGGGACCCCCAGGGAUUCCAGGAAUUCCUGGAAUUCCAGGAACAACUGUGAUGGGACCACCUGGCCCUCCAGGUCCCCCUGGUCCUCAGGGACCCCCUGGCCUACAGGGACCUUCUGGAGCUGCUGAUAAAGCUGGACCUCGAGAAAACCAGCCAGCUGUGGUGCAUCUACAGGGCCAAGGGUCAGCAAUUCAAGUCAAGAAUGAUCUUUCAGGUGGAGUGCUCAAUGACUGGUCUCGCAUCACCAUGAACCCCAAGGUGUUUAAGCUACAUCCCCGCAGCGGGGAGCUGGAGGUACUGGUGGACGGCACCUACUUCAUCUAUAGUCAGGUAGAAGUCUACUACAUCAACUUCACCGACUUCGCCAGCUAUGAGGUGGUGGUGGAUGAGAAGCCCUUCCUGCAGUGUACCCGCAGCAUUGAGACAGGCAAGACCAACUACAACACUUGUUACACCGCGGGGGUCUGCCUCCUCAAAGCCAGGCAGAAGAUUGCCGUGAAGAUGGUACAUGCCGACAUCUCCAUCAAUAUGAGCAAGCACACCACCUUCUUUGGGGCCAUCAGGCUGGGCGAGGCCCCUGCAUCCUAGAUUCCCCCCACUUUCUGCCCAUGCUCCCGCCCCUGCCCCAGAGCUGGGAGCUGGGACUCCCAGAACCUCUCAGUGCUGCUGUGGAAUGAGGUGUGAUGGGUGUCCAGCCACAGAGAUCGAUAAUCCAGGGCUAUUUAUUCCCCGGUGACUCCAGGAUGAUGAGGAGGCCCGCUUGACUUUCCAGAAUGACCUUGAGUUCACAGGAGGGUUGAUGGAGCCCCAGGGUUUGUAGGAAGCAGGACCUUCUUCCUUGGCUCCGUGUCAGCUGGCUUAUGGCUCGACUCUUCAACCUCAAGGUCACUUUUGUCAGAGUGAUUGUUUCUUGCACUAAGGUGGGGAGUCCAGGGCAGCAGGCAAGAGAAAGCAAAAGUGGACUCCAGACUGUGGGGGCAAGCCUCUGACCCUAAAGGGGCUGCUGUUCCUCUCUUGGGUAGGGCUGGGGGCAAGGGUGGGGCGGGAGGGGAGCAGUAAAGCCUAAGCAGAUGGAUGGGGAGGGGAAAGGCAGGCACUGGUGGCAGAGACCCAGGGAGAAACCUGCCAAGCCUCAGGGUCCAGGGGAACAGGGCAGGGGGGCUCUUCGCACUCUUCCCACUCAGGCUGUGAGCCAGCUCACAGCAACUUGCUGGGCUUUGGGGGACAGGAGGUUGGCAGGGAAUGACCACACACUGCUGGGCGCCUGCACAAGAACCUGAAGGCAGACUUGGGGCCACGUGUCUUCCACUUUGUUUACAACCAUGUUCCACACUCAGAAAAAUCUCUGGGUUCCCUUCCAAUUGCCCCCUUUCCCACCCGGACCAGAACUCCUGUCUUCUUUCUCCACAGAGCCUACCUCUGUCUAAGACAGGUGCCCCCCCUGGGACCUGUGCUUAUGUGAGUCUGGGACACUCUUCCCAUGACCUGGGCGCAAAGAGUCCUUGCCGUUUAUUAAGCGACACAAAUAUUCAUCUAGUCGAGUUGUGUCUGGGGGCAAAGGGUUGGACUGGGUGACCUCUGGGAAUCCCUUCAAAUUCAAAUACUUAGGCAGCUUCCACGAUAGCCUACAAAAAUUCCCAAACCCCAGCCUGCCCCCCUAGGCAUCAGCAAGGCAGAAAUUUUCUGCCUGACCCCAAAAGGGCAACAAGUGGGUUUUUUUCUUCUCAAGGUUGCUGUGACCUAAGUGGCCAUGAGCCUAGGUGCUAUCCAAAAGGACAGCCACCAAUGCCCUGCAGACCCACCUUUCCUCACUCUGGCUUCAGAAAGCCAUAGCAGAAUCACCAGAGAUUCCAGGGCCGUUCACCUGAAUCCAGGCUCAAGAGAAGCCAGCAUCUAGGCAUCAGGCAAGGCUCUGCCCUGUAGCCAGGUCCAAAGAUCCCUUACCCACCCACCCACCCCUC